AUGGACUCCAGUUUUAGACUGUGCUCCUUCAUUCCAAAAAUAGCGGCGGCGAAUGAUUCAUUAAUGCGUGGAGAUGGUGAUGCGAAGAAAUUGGACGUUGACAUCCACAAAGUUUCACUCGAUCUUGAUGAAAGUGACACAAGUAGCAGUGAUGAAGAUGAUAGUAGCGACGAUAGUAUCGAUAGCGAGACGGAAUGUGGCCAGAAAGUGAAAUUCGAUCUGUCCCUUUUCCGUGAAGACGGUUCAUCCGCAGUAGACGGUGUGCAAGACUCUCUUACACCACAAGAAGUAGAUCUACUGCCUGAAGCUUUCCGGGAACGUGAAAAUGAUGAAAGUAGUGAGGAGACAGCGAGUAAAUCUAAAAAAUUAAUAGAGGAGUUGUAG